AGAAUCAGAGGUGGGUAGCCUUCCAUCAAUUGAAAAAGAGGUAAAAUCAGAGGAUACACCAGAAGCAGAAACCGUUACAGAUGAACCCAGGGAGGAGACAAAACCUCCCAUUACAGUCAACUCUUUUGAGCCAGAGGAUGCUUCCAAAACCGAACAUGUUCAAGAACCAGAAGUAUUAGAGGUUGUUCAAGUGGCUACAUUAGAUUCAGAGGAGGAAGGCAAUCUUGAAAAAACAAAACCUCCCAUUACAGUCAAUUUUGAUGCUUCCAAAACUGAACAUGUUCGUGAACCAGAAGUAUUAGAGGCUGUUCCAUCAGCCACAUCAGAGUCAGAGGUGGGUAGCCUUCCAUCAAUUGAAAAAGAGGUCAAAUCAGAGGAUACACCAGAAGCAGAAACCGUUACAGAUGAACCCAGGGAAGAGACAAAACCUCCCAUUACAGUCAAUUUUGAUGCUUCCAAAACAGAACAUGUUCAAGAACCAGAAGUAUUAGAAGCUGUUCAAGCAGCCACAUUAGAUUCAGCAGAGGGCAGUGUUCAAUCACUUGAAAAAGAGAUAAUAUCAGUAGAAGUUCCCGGAGCAAAAACUGUUACAGAUGAACCCAAAGAGAAGACUAUACCUCUCACUGAAGCCGAUCUUGAGCCAGAGAAUGCUUUCAAAACAGUUGGAGAACCAGAAGUAGUACAAGCAGCCACAUCAGAUUCAGAGGCACGUAGCCUUCUAUCAAUUAAAAAAGAGGUAAAAUCAGAGGCUACACCAGCAGUGGAAACAGUUACAGAAGAGCCCAAAAAGGAAGCUGAUGUUAAGAUAGAAGAAAAACUAGUAGUAGUAGACACUGCCAAAACCAAACAUGUUCAAGAACCAGAAGUAUUACAAGCUGCCACAUCAGAUUCAGAGGUGGGUAGCCUUCUAUCGCUUGAAAAAGAGGUGAAAUCAGAGGACAGUCCAGAAGAAGAAAAUGGUAAAGAUGAACCCAAAGGAGAAGCAAUACCUCUCACUGAAGCCGAUCUUGAGCCAGUGGAUGCUUCCAAAACAGAACAUGUUCAAAAACCAGAAGUAUUAAAGGUUGUUCAAGUGGCUACAUUAGAUUCAGAGGCGGAAGCCAAUCUUGAAAAAACUGAACAUGUUCGAGAACCAGAAGUAAUACAAGCACCCACAUCAGAGUCAGAGGUGGGUAGCCUUCUAUCGCUUGAAAAAGAGGUAAAAUCAGAGGAUACAAUAGAAGCAGAAACCGUUACAGAUGAACCCAGGGAGGAGACAAAACCUCCCAUUACAGUCAAUUGUGAUGCUUCCAAAACAGAACAUGUUCAAGAACCAGAAGUAUUAGAAGCUGUUCAAGCAGCCACAUUAGAUUCAGCAGAGGGCAGUGUUCAAUCACUUGAAAAAGAGAUAAUAUCAGAAGAAGUUCCCGGAACAAAAACUGUUACAGUUGAACCCAAAGAGAAAACAAUACCUCUCACUGAAGCCGAUCUUGAGCAAGAGAAUGCUUUCAAAACAGUUGGAGAACCAGACGUAUUACAAGCUAUACAAUCACCCACGUCAGAUUCAGAGGCAGGUAGCCUUCUAUCAAUUGAAAAAGAGGUAAAAUCAGAGGAUACACCAGCAGUGGAAACAGUUACAGGAGAGCCCAAAAAGGAAACUAAAGUUGAGUCAGAAGAAAAACUACAUUUUCAAGAGCAAGAAGUAUUCCCAUUGGAUGUAAAAGACAUUGAAACUGAAACCAAAACUGAUGAAGGGACAUCGAUGUAUGUGCAUGUAGUCCCAGAAGUUAUUGAGAGAGGUAGUGCUCAGGAGCUUGAAAAGCAAAUAAUGUUAAAAGACGUUCCCAAACCAGACGUUGUCAUUGCUGCAGUUACAGAUGUGAUUGAGAGUGAAGUUGUGACACAACUUGAUCCCUCUUUACAGAUAGCAGAGGAUCAGAAAACAGAGAGUAUCCCACAAUAUGUUGGGGUUAAGCAGGAAGACUGUAUACCUGAAGUCGUAGAUGAUUUACAAACUAUAACAGCAGUUUUUGUAUCCCCUGUAAAUGAGGAAGCAAGUAAUGUUCAGGACCUAGAGAAGACUGUAUUUACUGAAGAACCCCCAGCACUGUGUGUAGACAAGGUGUUAGUUACAAAUGAACCCAAACAUGAAGAGCAGCUCAGUGCAGUGCAAGUCAGUGUUGAGAGAGAAAAAGAAAGUGAAAUUCCAGGCGCUGAGACAAAAACUGCUGCAGUUGAGCACGCUGUAGUGGCACAAGUAAUCAUAUGUAAUCUCAAAGAUGUCUCAGUUGCAAUACCCAAUGUUUUGGUAGAGAAAACAUCAGCCAUUACUGAACCCUUGAUAGGUAAAGUGACAAGUCAGCUAGAGUUCAAGAAGGAAGUGGAGACUGCCACAUCCUUAGUGAGAGAUGGUGCUGAGACAGCAGAGGAAGGCAGCGUGGUGUUGAUGAUGCAUGUGCCAUCUGUAGAGUUUGAGGACAAUCACAGAAUUCAAGUGCAAGUGGUCGACGUCCAUAUUAAAUCAGCCCAGACAAUUUGGGAUACAGUGCUAGAGGUGGCGGUAACAGAAGUCAGAGAAGUCAUAGAUGUUUGUCAUGAAACGGUUAAAAAAGUAGACAAUUUCUCUGCAACUCCAGAGAUUGAAGAGGAUUUAACGACUGAGGAAUCCAAGGUGACCAUUCAAGAAGUUAUUCAACACGUGAAGGAACACGUACCACAGACAGUACCUGAACCAGUGGUGGUCAACUUGGAACAAGAAGGUGUAAAACAGCCAGAUGCUGUGACAGAAGUGAUCGAGAUGGUUCAAAGUGGAUCAGAUGAAGUAGAGGAUCCAAAAGCGACGGUGGAUAGAAGUGAAAACUUCAGGGAAAGACGAGAAGAAGUCUCCAAUGAUGUCUGUGCAACUGAUCAGCAAGUGUCCGAGGAUCUCAUGCAAGAUGUUUCAGGAUGUUUAGAUCCCUACAUCUAUAAUCAAAAAGAUGAUUUGAAGGAAAGUAAAGCUGAACUGGAACAAUCAGAAGCAGAUGUCGCAGGAGAAGAGGUCAAAUCAAAUCAAAUUAUUCAUGAAAGAACACAAAAUCCGAUUGUAACACCUAGUAACGCUGGAUCAGUCGCCCACCAGAACUCUGGGAUUAUCCCGUCAACAUGUAACGUAGAGUCCCCUUCAAGUGUUUCCAUUCAAGUCAAACUCAACAUCCAGUUAAGGCAAGCAAGUGCAGCAGCUCUGCCACCACCUGCAACAGACAUGUCGGAGAUCAAAGUUCAGACAGUCGGGAAAGUUGAACCUGUAAAUCCGAUACAGAGAGCCGACAGCCAGAAACAGAUGGAGCUAACGGAGGUCGCUGAUCACGCAACAGAAACCCCAGAACCAGAGCUAAACUCAGAUUCUGACAGAGCAGGCAUUCAACCUGUACGGCCGGACAUCAGCAUCCAAGCAAUGGAAACAGUAGAACAAAUCAAAUCAACAGAGAGAGCAGCCUCCAGUGUCCAGGCAGCAGAGUCAAUACAACCAGUGAGGCAAGCAGAAAGAAGAGCAGCGAGUCAGACACUGAUCUGUAAACCUUGUGAGCCGGCACAGGAGCCAGUUCAACUGAAGGAGGAACAUGAGCAGGACGUGUGGAUGGAUGCGAAGGAAGACCUUUACACUCGAGAGGAACCCAAGGUGUCCCCUCAUGAGGUGGAGGAACAUCUUGAGCCUCGGGCAGAAAGAGAGCAAGAGGAGAAGGUCGGACUUGAACACGAGUUUGAAAUGACUCCUAAUUCAAACACGGAGGAGGAACGUAAACAGGAAAUGUACAAAUCCACAGAAACAUGUGAGCUGGAUAGUGACGGGGAGGACUUUGCUGUGGCGCUCGAGCAUCCUGAAUCUGAAAGUGCGAGCGUCAGUGACCGGUUGGACGGCUGAGAAGGAAGUCCGAAGGAAGCGAGCAGAACACGACAGGAAACAGCUAUACAAAUAUAAGUGUUCGAUUAUUUUAUUAUUAUUAUAAAGUUUGUGAUUAAUGAGAGAAGCAUGAACUGGAGAAGUGCUGGGGGGGGGGGGGCUAAUGCUACUGCAGGUUUCAUUACUAAUCUUUCAAUUCUAAAUCCUGUUUUUGCAAAGAUUCAUCAGAUGAAUGUAAACGUCUCAGAUUGUGAGUUUUAAAAACACGACGUCAUCAUGUGACCCUCUCCGUCACAUGAUGACGUCACAUGACGUUCUUUCCUUGUCUACGUUGGUAUCUGGAGAUUUCACAGCCUUUACUUUGUUCAUUAAGUGUUUGUCACGUUAAUACUCGAGUGCUGCAUCAGGUUACUCGUGCUCGUGUUUAUUCUCUUGUACAUAAAGAAAGUUGCUUAGAGAAGCAGAAACUUUCUCAUUUUUAAUCUACAAGAAUUUCUACUGUGUGAAGUUUUUAGAUUAGAGCCUGAAGAGAGCAUGUUUAAAAUAAUCAUUUACACAAAUACUUAUUUUCAGGUUAAAUUAAUCUUCACAUUUAUUAUUAAUUACAUUAUAAUCAGCAAAGCCUUAAAUACUGAGGCAGCCCCCCCCCCCAGCAGCUGUUUGUCCUUUUCUCCAACAUGUUCUGAUUUAUCUGUGAUGUUAACGACAUGAAGGAAUGUUAACGAAUUAACGAUGUUAACGAAUCAAAUAUUUUAUUUGAAUAAAUUCAUAUCUGUAUAU